AUCCAAGUGAUUGAAACGACACUAUUUCGUCACCCGAGGUUUCGACUGUCAGUUUUUUUGGGGGUUUAGCCGUUCAACUCUGUAACUGGUUCGAGAGAGAUGGGAAGGAGGAUCCUAAACGAUGCGUUGAGGUCAAUAGUGAAUGCGGAGAAGAGAGGCAAAGCGACGGUGGAAUUGAAACCAAUCUCCACCGUCAUAUCUUCCUUUCUUAAUAUCAUGAAAUAUCGAGGAUACAUCAAGAAUUUUGAGGUUUAUGAUCCACAUAGAGUGGGGAGGAUAAAAGUUGAACUGCAAGGCAGGGUAAACGAUUGCCGGGCACUCACUUACAGGCAGGACAUCAAAGCAAAGGAUAUCGAAAAGUACAAAACACUUAAACUUCCAACACAUCAGUGGGGUUAUGUUGUGAUUUCAACUCCAGAUGGUAUUUUGGAUCAUGAAGAAGCCAUUAGAAGGAAUGUGGGUGGGCAGGUUCUUGGUUAUUUUCUUUAGACUUGGCUCUCUUUCUGCUCACUUUCGGAUGGGAAAAGUAGAAGGGUAGUUCUUUGAGCUCUGCUUUAUCCGUUAACUUUCAAUCAAUAUCUAUCUGAAUCAUGUAUCAUUGAAUAUUGAAUAGUGGAAUAUUACUUUUUUGGGAUUAA